UUGUGUCCGGCACGUCCAGAAAACAACGAAGCUCCGUAGCUGCUCACACUUAUAAAACGCACGUGCCCUUUGAGUUUGACCCCCAAGACUUGAUAAUAAGAAGCUUCUGAAAAAGCGGCCGUCUUACUUCUAGCCCUAAUCUUCCCCACUCUCCCUUUCUUGUGUAUAGUAACACAAUGCGGAAGUGAUCGAAGAAUUACUCUGAAUACAUUGAGGCUCCGAACACGCAGAUGGUAAAUUCAGUGAGGAGUUUGGAGACCAAAAUGCCAGCGCGUCAGCAUUUUUCUCGAAUAGACACUUUUGAGCUAAAGACUCGUAUAGAAAGGAAGGUGGGGCGCCCGAAGGCAGAGGAGUAUUUUGACCUUCUCAAAAGAUUUUUAAGUCUUAAGAUUAGCAAAUCCGACUUCGAUAAACUUUGCAUUGACAAAAUUGGGAGAGAAAAUGUUCGUCUUCAUAACCAUCUCAUUAGAUCAAUCAUAAGCAAUGCAUUUCUCUCAAAGACUCCCCCAUCAAAGGACCACAAGUUAGAAGGUUCUCUCACUGUUAGAGUGGAAAAUGGGUAUCAGAGAAGCGAUAUUCAGUCACUAUGCCGAGAUAUUCCACAAUCCCCUCGAAAAGGGAGGACCCCAAAUAUUCGUGAUCGCAAGUUUAGGGACCGCCCGAGUCCUCUUGGGCCUCAUGGGAAGAACCAUAGUGUUGCUUGUGAAGAUUCAAUCCCCAAAAUUCAAGAGCAGCAGAGUGCUACUGAGCUUCUUUCUUUGGGUAGCAGACCCCCUGGCUCUGUGGAAGAUGGUGAAGAGGUUGAUCAGGCUGCUGAAAGCCCGAGUAUUUAUAGUAGAAGCCCUGUUAGAGCUCCUCUUGGCAUCCCCAUGAAUACAAAAGGAACAAGGAAGGUGUUAUGCAGUGGAUCAGCUACUACAUUUUUCACUGAGACUUGUCAGAAUAGUGGUGAGCUACCUGAUACCAGUUCCUUAAGGAAGAGUUUGGAGCAGAAGUUGGAGGCGGAGGGAAUAAACAUCUCGGUGGAUUGUGCCAACUUAUUGAACAAUUGCCUUGACGUAUAUCUCAAGAGAUUGAUAAAGCCUUGUUUGGAUCUUGCUGGUUCAAGGUCUGUACAGAAACACAUAGAUCAAAGACAUGAUUGUGACCUACCUGGUGUGAGGAGAACGUUGCCCAUGAGAUAUGUACAAAAUCAAAGUCGGCCCUUUUUUGCAUCAAUGUCAGACUUUUGUGUUGCAAUGGAGUUGAAUCCCCGAAUACUUGGAGCAGAUUGGACAACAGAACUUGAGAAGGUUUGCUUGCGUGCAUCAGAAGACUGAACUGGAACUGAUUAGCACAUGAUUUCGGUAAAGCAAUAAGUUUGGGUUCGAUGAGUUAUCUCAACACAAUUGUAAAAUCUACUCUUAACAGUGAGCUUGAAAUUACCAAUUUUAUAAGUACCGUCCAAGUAUGUUAGUAAAAGUUGUCUUAAGUUUUAGAUUGAGGGUGAUUAGAUUGUAUAUAGCUUUCAAUGAUUUUUUUUUUUUUUGGGG